AUGGAUACUGACACCAUUAUUAUCGGCAACGGGCCGUCUUCCAUGAUCCUGUCCUACAUUCUUCACGGUUAUCUUCCUUAUUAUUCGCCUCAGCAUCCUCAUCCCGACCCGUUAUUGCACGCGAAGCUUAAGGGUGCCCCGGCGCUUCUAGGGGCCGACGUGGAUGCGCUUACUGAGCAUUUCGCCGCUUCCCGCCUCUCGUAUUCCACUCAGGCUCUUCCGGUAAACGUGCUACUGGAUACGCUUGUCCGACCAAGCGUCGAUGUUGAGGAACUACAGAGCAUCACCAAUGUGGAAUGGCGGUAUGAGCCCGAAAAGGCUAUCCCUCAUAAAGUCUUCGGCAAUGCGCCGCGACCCGGUGGCCAGUGGACCGAGAAUCGGAUGCCUGCAAGCUGGGAAAUUCAGACGUUGAGCUAUGCGUCGAUGCUUUCCUUACCAGGGUAUUCUUUCGCCGACCAUUACCGCAAAACCACGGGGAAAGAUCUCCCUGCAUACACCAGGCCGAGCAGGCAGGAUACUGCGGAUUAUUUCCAAGCAUAUCCCGCCGCCGUCGGUAUCGAUGACGCCUUCUGCUCAAACGAAAACGUAUGGGGCAUUAUCCGGAACAAGAGCGGGUUUUACCUCCGAUCGCACAAUAUCCAAUGCAGACAUCUGGCCCUGGCCAGCGGUGUCUUUUCCGAAGUUCUACAGCCCCGGCCACUUAUUAGGCCCCUCACGUUACUUCAACCCGUGCCGGAGACACCACUGCUUGUCAUCGGCUCUGGAUUUUCCGCUGCAGAUGUAAUUAUCUCCGCCCCGGGAAAUCAGAAAAUAAUCCACGUCUUCAAAUGGGACCCCGAGAACCGGCCGUCACCAUUGCGUGGUUGCCAUCAGCAUGCAUACCCUGAGUAUGCUGGCGUAUAUCGGUUAAUGCGACGAGCUGCAAUAGCUGCGCAGCCGAAAACCUCAAAGCGUGUCAAACCCCUGCGAACCAACUCCUCUCCCUUUCUCGAGAGCCGAGCCUGGGCCGAGAUUUAUGAAGGGUUUCCAAAUACGGAGAUAAUCGAUGUGCAAACGCAGGACGAAAUAGCCAUCGUGACCUUUCGCUGUCCAGCCGGGAACACUCUAACCCGGCAUGUACGUGGGAUGGUAUAUGCCACUGGUCGACGAGGCAGUCUUGGCUAUCUAGACCAGAGCCUUUUGCGUGAGGUCAUUGGCUCAGACCACGAAGUUGAGGCAAAUCCUACAAUAUCUGGACAGACGCUGCGAGGUAAAGCCAUCGAGGACGUCGAGGUUGCGAAAGACGUCUUUAUCAUCGGCAGCUUAACGGGAGAUUCCCUCAUCCGUUUUGCAUAUGGAAGUUGCGUCCAGGCUGCUGGGAAACUGGUCAAUGUUGCCUCUGGAAAUGGCAAAGCCAAGACCGGCUCAAACGACGCUCCGAGACAGGAAUUACGCAUCGGUGUCAUGCGUGGGAUCGACGGCCACGAUGUCUUUCCUAAUGGUGGACAGCUUCGCGCGGAUCCAGACAAUCGCGCGAUGGCACGCGCAAAAAAAUUACCCGAAGAGGAAACCAAAGGAAUAUGGGCCUGGAUAAUGGGGGUUUUGAACUGGCCUAAGGUAUAA